UCCGAUUUUAAAGAUAGUCAAAUCCCAUUAGCAAGGAUUAAAAAGUUAAUGAAAACUGAUCCAGAGAUUAAUAUGAUAGCUACUGAAGUUGUAGUGAUGAUGGAUAAAGCUUGUGAAAUCUUUGUCAACGAAAUCACCGUUCGAGCUUUUCUUGUAGCAAGUGCUUCGAAUAGACGUACCCUAAAUACGGAUGACAUAGCAAUUGCAGUUAGCAAGAGUGAUAUGUUUGAUUUCUUGAUCGAUAUCGUACCACCACCAGAA